GGAGGGAGGCCACCGCAGCGCCGCCGAGGCCUGCUCCGGGAGGCCGCGCCUCACCUUCCCUUCCUCAGCGGGGCGGCCUGACCGGCGGGCCGGAGGGCGACCAGGCGGGCCGGAUCCCCGCUCCUUUCCUGCUCACACCUCCGGGCGGGCGGCUCGGGCGGCGCCAAAAGGGAGCCGGGUGGUGGGCGGCGCCAGCCGGGGCGGAGGAGGCGGAGGGGAGGCUCUCGGCGAACAAAGAGCAGCAGGAGCCGGGCUGCGGGGGCUGCCGAGGGAGCCUCUGGGGCCGGGGCCAUGCGGGGCAGGAAGCCGCCACCUCCGCUGAGGAGGAGGAAGAGCAGCCGCUGGGGGGCAGGCCGGGCCUUUGUCGCCUGAAUCUCCCGGGGAGGCGAGGCGGCAAGGCCGGGCGGCAAGGCGCGGAGCGGAGGCGGUGCUACCUAUUUGCCCCUUAUGGCAGCGGGAAGAGGCUCGGCGUGAAGAAGGUGGCGCGUCGCUGAGGCGAGCCCCGGAAGCGAGAAGGAGCGUCUUGCCUCGCCUCUCCGCGGCUGGGCAUGGCGACGGGCGUGAGCUACUCGCCGCCCUGGUGGGUGAGCCUCUUGCACCGCCUGCCCCACUUCAACCUGCGCUGGGAGGCCGUCGCCGACGACUUCCGACCCGAGGACGCCGAAUACCAGCAGGCCCUGUUGCUGUUGGCUGGUGUUGCUCUGUCCUGCCUUGCUCUGGAUCUCCUUUUCCUCCUUUUCUAUUCCUUCUGGUUAUGUUGUCGCCAUCGGAAAAGUGAAGACCAUCUCAAUGCAGAUUGCUGCUGUACCGCCUGGUGCGUCAUCAUUGCAACUCUAGUCUGCAGUGCUGGCAUAGCUGUUGGCUUCUACGGAAAUGGGGAGACGAGCGAUGGCAUUUAUCGGCUGACGUAUUCCCUACGGCACGCCAGUCGCACUGUUGCUGGGGUCCAAGACAGGGUGAAUAACACUGCCGUUGCUCUGAACAAAACAGCAGAGCCAAGUUUGGGGGAGCUAGAAGUAAUGUUCACCAAACAGACAGAUUACUUGCAUGUGAUCCAAAAACUCCAGGGGCUCUUGGAUGAGCUGGUAAGGCAGACAACAGAGAUACCUUUCUGGAAGAAUGAUGAAGUCUCUCUAGAAGAUCUGGCAAAUCAUAUUGAUCUGUAUGACUGGUACAGGUGGCUGGGAUACUUGGGCUUGCUCAUGUUCCAUGUCCUAAUCUGUUUGCUGGUGCUAUUUGGACUAAUUAGAAACUCAAAGGCCAUUCUUAUGGGAGUGUGUCUUCUAGGGGUGCUUGCCCUCAUUGUGAGCUGGGGGUCCCUUGGUCUGGAGCUAGCCGUUGCUGUGGGUUCCAGUGACUUCUGUGUUAACCCUGAUGCUUACAUCUCUAGAGUGGUGGAGGAUCAUGCGGUGCUCACUACUGAUACUCUGAACUAUUAUCUUGUCUGCAAUGCUGGCUCCCCAAAUCCGUUCCAGCAGAAACUGUCAGGAAGCCACAAGGUCCUGGUGGAAAUGCAAGAUGAUGUACUGGAGCUCAUGAAGUCUGCCAUCAAAGAAUACCCCGCUUCCAAGGAGUACCUUAGUCGAAUCCAGGAAAUUCUGAACUCCACCGAAAUCAACCUGCAACACUUGACUGCUUUGGUGGACUGUCGGAGUCUGCAUUUGGAUUACAUACAAGCUCUGACAGGCUUCUGCUAUGAUGGUGUGGAAGGGCUUAUUUACCUGGUCCUCUUCUCCUUUGUCACUGCCCUCAUGUUCAGUUCCAUAGUGUGCAGCGUCCCCCACACUUGGCAGCAAAAGAGGAGCUCAGAUGAUGAUGGAGAGGAUGAAUCCACUGCUCAAGGGAACAGGCAAACACAUGACAACUUGUACAGGGUGCACAUGCCUAGUCUUUACAGCUGUGGGAGCAGCUACGGUAGCGAGACCAGCAUUCCGGCAGCAGCGCACACAGUCAGCAAUGCUCCUGUCACAGAAUACAUGAGCCAGAAUGCAAAUUUCCAGAACCCCCGCUGUGAGAAUACGCCUUUGAUUGGCCGAGAGUCUCCACCUCCCUCUUACACCUCCAGCAUGAGAGCCAAAUACCUCGCCACCAACCAGCCUCGGCCGGACUCUGGCAGUGUGCAUUAAAAACUAGAAUGUGGUUUAAGUAAAAAAUGGAACAAAACGUGCCAACUGCUGCCAUCCUUCGUUGUCCUUGCAGAACAACCCUGUUUUUUUCCUGCCCUGAAUCCAGCUCAGUUGUUUUCCUUGCUUCUCUACACCUUUGGCCUGGUACAUGUGCACUUGGGGUGGAAGCUUAUUACUGAUUAAGGCUCUGUUUACUUGCACCUGUGUGUGUAUGAGUGGAGAGAGAGAGAGACAAGGGCAUGCGUACACAUGUAGGAGGCUCACCAGUUCACCCUUUUUGCCCUGCUAUCUGUGGGAUCAGCUUUGGUCGACAGCCAAUUGGGAAAUUCCAAGCCGUCUGCCAUCUUCUCUUCCGGGCCUCUUUCUGAUUCAUAGAGGAUGAAAACGGUGUCAUGAGUCAAGCCUAGAAGAAGCGGAGCGUCUUACAGAAGCACUAUGUAUGUGACACAUUAAUCUAAAGAAGCAGUCUUUAAUGCGCACACCGUCAUAAAGUUCAUGUGACCCAGCUCUUUCAGUACAUUUCUCGUCUCUGUGCUACUCUAGAGAAGCAUUUCCUCCUUCCAGGAUCAACAAGUCUCCCACUUGGAAUACGGGAGGCCACUUCUUCCUUCCACUUUAGAAAAGAAGGCCUGCUGAUUCAAUCGUCCUCUUCUGUGGCUAUUGGAUACUUCCAGUACAGGUUUACUUCUCUCACUUUAGGCCCAGGUACAAACUCCUGGGGAGAAAUAGGGGGCUUCCUGCACCAGCUACCACAUGUGUGCACAUACUGUACACACACACAUGUAUGCAUGGACUCGCAUUGGUUGUGCUGAAUUUUUCCAUUCCGCUGUGUCAUUAUACCGUCUCAGCAAUCGGCAGACAUCCUUUCACGUUGAUGUAGAGACGUGAAGCUGGAGCCAGCAUUCCUUCUGGUGCCAAAAUAUUUCAGGAAAAUAUUUAAGGAGCAUUGGGCGGCAGGGGAAGCAUCUAGUCUCUGCAGUCACCCACCUGGCAUGAGUCUAACGUACAAAAAGAGCAAACAAAGUGUGCCAGCACUAAGGGGGUUCGAUGCGAAUGCUUUUGCUUUCCUCUGGCAAAUAGACUUACUGGUUGUUCUGAGUGUUGGGAUAUAUACAAGAUGCAAGAUCUUGGAAGCACUGAAUUUAGAUACAGACCUCUGGAAGCUCCAUACUCAAUCUUGAGUUUUACGCUGCUCCUUUGUCUCAGAUUUGGAAAGCAAAUACAUUGUGAAUGUCAGAACAGGUUUAAUGUUUGCUUUUUUCCUUUAGCCCAUCAUGCUAACCUCUCACCUUGGUUACACAAAGCACAUGCGGCCAGUUCCAGUUGCCUCUUAAUAUGUUGUGCGUGGACAGCAAAGAUCAGUGGCCCAUUGAGAAAGCUCACAAUUAAUGCUUGCCUGCACCAAUCCCAUAAUUGGUGCUCUAUUUGAAUAAGAACCAUUCUGGGGGGAGGGGAAUAAUGGAAAAUAUUCAACAGGGAAGGCUUUUUUCACUUUUAAUGCUUUGAUUUUUCAAUACUGUGUACUCCUACAAGAAGUGGCUAGAGAGAGAGAGAGUAAAAUUCCUUCCAAUGUCAGCUGAGAUACUACUUAGUUGCUACUUAGCGUGGCACCUUUGUUGUCAGAACUUGGGAGUUCUCAUUGAAGCUAAUGUAGAACUUGUGAGUUUGGACCAUGUAGUCAGUCUAGCAUUCUUCCCUUUGCUCAUGACAGUAUUACAGAAUUCUUCCGGACUUGCAAUCCAUAUCUCUGUCUCCCUUUGGCUUUUUGCCAAGGCAAGGGCUGCGUCAAUGCCUUUCUGUUAUGUUUCUGCACCUGCAAGGGAAAGGUUUCUAUGCCUUCCCCUUGUAAAUAGGUUGUUUCCUUCUCCCCUCCUUCCCAAGCCACUAGUGCAAAGAGAGGAGAAUAGAGUAGGUAAGUGCUGUCCAUACUGAUUCUAACAAAGCAACCAAUAAUUACAUUACAGUAACCACUGUGAGAAUUACCUUCCUCCAAGGCAUAGCCACCACUUACGCUCUGAAGACGAAGUAACAACUGGGCACACUAGUGGAUCACAAACUGCCAAAUGAAGAUGUGCUUGGUAUCUUGGAGUGGAUUUCUAGAAGGCGACCAUAUGGAGAAAUGUGAUGCUAUAAAGGCAAGCGGCAAGGUCUCUGAAUACUGCAUGGAUUCAAUCUGGGGCCUCUAGACUUGACAUGACAUUUUUUCAUCUUCCAUCAUGUCACGGCACCCAGCUGUCUCAUUGCAUGCAAUGCAGGACCUUGGUAUAAGUCUUUACUAAUGUGGGCAAGACUUAACUUGGCUUUUAAUCAAUUUUUUAAAAAAACAAAACCAAACAAUAUGGAUUCCUGGGUGAUGCCAGCAGCACAUGAAGAUUUCCCAGGGCUAGGGUAAAUGGGCCUACUUCAGAAAAAGAACUGUGUGUGGUCAUUUGCACUGGCACGAGGAGAAGUGCACGCAGUGGUGGCCUGCAAGUGAAGUAACUGCGUGUAGUCUCUUGUGCAAGCCCAGAGCAUCUGUAGUUGCAGCAUGUAUGUGGGAAUAGGCUUCUCAGGAGUUGUCAGCGUCUUUGGUUCUUCACCCCUCCCCACCCCACCUUCCAGGCCAGCUUCUAAACAGACUGAUUCCAAAGUGGUGACUGGCAGGUUUUGUCUCUUAGAUGGCUUGGGUGCCUAUCAGGACUCUUAAGCAUCUUUGGUAUAGCAAAAGACUUUAUUUUUCUCUGACCUAAUUUGUAUUUUGAGUAAUGUGAUGGAAAAUCUCAACACUAUAUUGCUUGGAAUGGGUCCUGGCUGAUUUUCUCAGCAACUCUCAAAUCAUUUCAAAACCAUCACCCUAACUUUGACUGUGUACAAAGUUCCUGAAAUUCUGGAGAAACAAGAGACUAAUGUCUAGUACUGCUUGGGUAGAAUCUAAAUGAGACAGUGGUACAUUGGAAUAGGAGAUUGGGGUGGUAAAGACUUUUCUUUCUCCUCACCCCCCCCCCAACCCCAGCACAUUCAUGGCCAUCUGCUUGUCUGGUGUAUUUUGAUUGUGUCUUGUUCUCUCUUCCCCCCCCCCUCCACCCAGCAUUGUCACAGCACUUUUUUUUACAACAGGAAUUGUGAACCAAGAACCUUGUCAAGCACACAAACAUCUCCACAAUGUGAAAUGUACAUAGCGCAUGUUGGACUCUCUUGUGUCCAGUGUUCAAGACUGCAUUGUAAUUGUUUUUUUAAAAAAGGAAACCGAAUCAA